ACAGCCAACGCUCGCGCGGAGGCGCUGGAACCGGAAGGUGCGCGUCAUGUGUCAACUGUCGGCGCGCUCCAUGGUAACGGCGCGAGCGUGUGUGUGGAGAGGGGGAAACAACAACAACAACAACAAGGCGGAGGGACAGCGGCGGUCCGGCAGCGGGAGGCGCGCCUGUGCGGCCAUGCUGAGCCACGGCCGCCGGUAACCAUGGCGAGCCGCGAGUCUAUGCGGUUAGCAAGAGCGCCGGCUCCCAGUCCGCCGCUGCACGGGCUCGCCGGCCUCUCGCUGCCAGGCUAGAGCGUCUGCCAAAGGAGCAGGGCGGACGGCUCUGACCCCAGCCCGGGCCCUGGACCCCGGCUUCAGCCACAGCCUCUACACUCCCGCUCCACCUCCCUCCCCAUCCGUCUCCUUCUCUCGGUCGACUGGCUCCGGAAGAUGGCGACUGGCGUGGGCUGGCAGCAGCAGCAGCACUGCAGCGGCGGGCCGGCCGCCGGCAAGGUGGGCUCGGCCCCCGAGUACAACCAGGAGCUGCACAUCAAGAUGAGCAAGAAGAUCGCGCAGCUAACCAAGGUGAUUUAUGCUUUAAAUACUAAAAAUGAUGAACAUGAGGCUGCUAUCCAGGCACUCAAGGAGGCCCAUGAGGAGGAAAUUCAACAAAUCCUUGAUGAAACAAAAGAGAAAAUUCUUCACUAUAAAGGUAAGAUCAAUGAGGAAGUAGAACUACGGAAGAAAAUCCAGUCCUUGGAAGAAUCUCUGGAACAACAUGAGCAGAUGAAACAACAAGCACUAGCAGAAUUUGAGGCCUAUAAACAACAGGUUGAAGAUGCACAUCUUGUUUUAGAGACUCAUCAAAUGCAGGGUGUUGUGAUUAUGUCUAGAAAUAUUCAAGAAAUUAAGGAUAGUUUUGAAGAUAAGCUACAACAGUUUAUGCGGUUAGAGUCUCAAUUUGAUCUGGAUAAACAAGAAACUCUGGAAGAACUGCGUGCAGCUCACAAGCUAGAAAUCCAGAAUCUCUUAAAAUCUCAUCAGAUUCAGCAGGAAACUUCUGAUAAACAACAGGAGAAAUUGCACCAAAUGCUCAGAGCUGAACUGGUUUCCAUGAAGAAUAAAAAUGAAGAACUUGUACUUGAAAAGCAAAAAGUAGUGGAAGAAUUUGAAGCUAAAUUGAGCAAAACUCAGGCCUUUUAUGAACAUGAAAUUGAAGCUUUAAAACAAUCUCAGCAGACAUCAGAAAGUGUGCUAUGUAAACAGAGGGAGACUCAGUUAAAGAUGGAGUUUCAUAGCCGAGAGACUGCUUUGAAAACAGCACUUGUCAAGCUUCAGACAGAAUUGCAGAUCGCUCAGGAGGAUGGCAAUCAGCUGAGGAACAAAUGUGAACAGCUUCAUGGAGCAUUAAACAAAGCAGAAAGCCAUGUACAAAUGCUUCAAGAACAACUGAACGAGGACCAACAGAAAGCUAAUGAUACUCUUAUAAAACAAAAGCAGUUAGAAAAUGAACUGGUUGCUUGUAACGAUCGUAUUCAACAGCAAUCUACAGAAUUGCUACUUAAAUCAAGUCAUAUUGGAACACUUCAAGCCACACAAAUGACUCAAGAAGCUACAAUCCAAGAACUGGAGUCACAGCACUGCCGGUUAAAGGAGAAAUUAUCCCAUCUUGAAGAGGAAAGGAAUAUCUUGCGAAACAGCAAGCAGACCUUGGAUGAGCAACAGAGGCAACAACUAAUGGCCAUUGAGAAGUCCUUAAAUGAAGAAAAAGAAAUGCAAAGGCAAUAUUAUGAACAGGAGAUAACAAACCUGCGCCACAAGUUUGAAGAGGAAACCAGAUUUCUGAAGGAAAACUUUAGGAAGAGUAUGGAGGAGUUAUCUGAAAAACAUCAAACUGCAUUAGAAUCUGUUCAAGGCACAAGUGAAAGAGAAAAGAAAAAAUUGCAGUUGGAAAUAGAUCAAAGUCUUGAAAAAGAUCGGCUGCGAAUGGAAGAAGAGAAAAAUCGGUACCAACAACAAAUGGAAAACUUACGGGAAGAGUUGACUGCAAAGCUAAACACAGCCAAUCAAGAGGUGUGCCGUUUACAAGAGCUUGUGAAAAAGAGUGAGCAUGGCUUAGGAUCAGCAGAAGGGCAUAUUUCCAGCCUGAAGGAUGCUCAAGAAAAACUGCAAGAAGAACUGGAUUAUACCAGGGUAAAACUGAGGGAGACAAGUGAUUCCCUUUCUUCUGUGCAGGGAGAAAUGGAACAACAAAGGCAGAACUAUGAGACACAACUAACUGCAGCUAAAGAGGAAGAGAAAUUCAAAUUAGAAAAAUUGGAAAAGGAUCUGGAACAAAAAUGGAAAAUAGUUGUGAGGGAGCAAUAUGAAAAAUUAUGCGCGAAGUUAGAAAGGCAGCAUGCAGAUGAGAAACGGUCUGCAUUGGCUCACCUCUCACAUCAGAAGGACCAGGAAAUCAGUGCAGAGAAGGAAGGCUGUCAGAAAAAGGUAGAAGAUCUUUUGAAUCAGCGGCACUUUCUAGGUGAAGCUUUACAAAAAUCUAUCAGUAAUAUCUCCUUACUGAAGCAAAGUCUGGAAAUGCAGCUAUCCCAGUCCCAAGAUUCCUUGCAAAAACUUCAGUGCCAAUUCAAUCAUGAGAGACAACGGCUCAUAAAACAAAUGCAAGAAAUGGAAGAAGAGCAUAAACGUCAACAGGCAUCUUUAGAGGAUGCUCACCAGAACGCUUUGAGAAAUAUGAAUGAGUCUAAGGACGAAGAAUAUAAGCAAUUGGAAGAGUCUUUACACAGACAGCAUGUGGAAGAAAUACAGGCCCAGAAGGAUAGUCAGAGAAUGAAAUUGGAGGCUUUGCAAAAGGAGGCAGAGCAACAUCUGCAGGAUUUGAGGACUGAGUUGGAAGAUGAAAGGAAAGCACUAAUUGCCGCGUCUUGUUCAGAUCUCAACUAUAAGCAUUCUGUAGCGAUGGAACAGCUGAAGCAAAAUCACCAACAGGAAAUGGCAGCUGCAAGAAUGGAAUUAGAUCGGGCUAUUGAGCUGCGCAGACAAGAGAAGAAGGAGCUACUGAGCAGAAUAUCUGAUUUGCAAGAAGAAGUACGGCACCGUGAGCACCAUAUAAAGGAAAUGGACGAGGAGAACCGAUCUAUGCAUGAAAACUUAAGCACCUUGACCAAAGAGCUUGAGUAUAAAGGGAAUGAAGUUCUAAAAAUACGAAGUGAAGUCAACCAGAAAAUUAGGAUUUAUGAACAGGAGAUGAUAAAGAAACAGGAGAAGAAGAUAAAUGAAAUGACUGCAGCCCAUAUUCGAGAAACACAGUGCAUGCUAGCAGACUUCAACAAGGCUCAGGAAUUCCUGAAAGAUAAAAUUUCUACUCUGGAAAUCUUAUUGGAAGAGGCUGAUGAAAAAUACAACAGCAGGGAAUCAAGAGCAGAAGAUCUACAGCUGAUCAGUGAGUUAAAGGAAAUGAUUACAGAACGGGAUCAGCUCAUGAAAAAACUAGUGGAUGACAAGAAAUUUUACCAACUGGAACUGGUGAACAGAGAAACGAAUUUCAACAAGGUGUUUAAUGCCAGCCCUACAGUAGGAGUGAUCAAUCCCUUAGCCAAGCAGAAAAAAAAGAAUGAUAAAAUUGCCAGUCGUUUUGUUAGUGCCCCAAACCUAAGUGCUGUGGAAUCUGCAGGAGUGGGAAAUGGGCAACAUCAGCACAAUCGUUUGGAGCCUAUUCCGAAUUCUCCUGUUCAUGAUAUUGGGUUCAAUAGCAACAAGCCUCUACCCCAGCCAGUACCUCCAAAAGAGGUAAAACGAUUUCUGAGCUGAAAAGAUGGCUACUGGAAAAAAAAGGCACAUCAUAGAUCUGUGUUAAUGGCUGUUUCCUGUCAGAAAACAGUUGCUGCAUGAUGUCAGAAGAAGGGAGAAAGUAACACUAGAAAACAAGAUCUGUUAUAAAGAGGUUCCUGAAUAACCUUUCAAAUAUUCAAACUACAGAAUUUCUUAAUAACUAGUGAAUCAGAUUCUUAGAGAUCUCCUUUUUCAUGUUAAAUGUAAUGUGUGGCAAUUUUAAUUGGUCAUUUGGGUUAAAUCUAGGGAAAUGUUAUGAGUGUAAAAUAUAUUGUAAGAAAUAAGCAGUUGAACAUUUCAUAAUGAAUAUAUUAUCUAUGAGGUUUCCUUACAUUUUAAAAAUGAAUGAUGUUUUACAUUUAUGAGUAUGUUUAGCCCAAUAGCUUAUAUUUGUCACUAAAGCAACAGUUUCCAUAACUAUAUUUCUGUCACUUCCAGAUUAAUAUCAGAAAAUCAAAAUCAAUUGAUUACUUUAUAAUCUGGACAAAUUAAAAAGGUACAUCAGAGAUUAGAUUGCUGCAAUUUAUUGUAAAUAAUUUGUAAGAGCAAGAAUAAUCCAGAUAAAUUAUUUACGAUUGUACAGAAUCUAUGAUACCAGUUUUCUAAGAUUUGCAUAUAAUACUAUGUUUAAAGGGAAUUGUGCAGCUUUAAGCAUGUAUGCAAGUGCUUUAACUUGGAAUAUUUGCAGCUAUAUAAUUAUUCUUUGCUAUCCAUUAUGUUUGUGGAUUUGUUUCUGUUUCAAGUUGUUAUUUCUGAUUAUCUGGGCCAAAGCUGCAGUGGCUUUACCAUAUUUCUACCUUGCUUUGUUUGGUAGCUUGUACAAUGUAAAGCAUGUGCUUUUUAAACUAUACAUUUUCAUUUUAA